AUGUCUAGUUAUAUUACUCGGUCUGUUGCCGGUUCUGUCAAACAUCCCGGUACAUCAUUUUCUUGCUAUUGCCUAAUUCAUCGACGUUUUUAUGCGGAUCAAAAAGCAAUAAAUCAUUAUGAUGCACUUGGCAUUGCUUCGAAUGCUUCUAAGAAAGAUAUAAAAGCAGCUUUUUACAGUUUAUCAAAAAAACAUCAUCCGGAUGUCAAUCCUCAAGAUAAAAAUGCUGCACAGAAAUUUAGUACCAUAGCAAAUGCUUAUGAUAUAUUAAGUGAUCCAGUUAAACGACAAGAUUAUGACAAUCAACUAUCAUCUCAAAAGUCGUCAUCUGAUCCCUAUGUUACCUAUGAUCGAACAAGUACUUAUGCACAACGAGCUCGUGCUCACCGUCCUUCAUCAUGGAAACCACCACAACCGCCAUCGUCGAGUAAUUCAAAUGGAGGUUUUCCAGGAGCAGAAGGCGCAUUUGGUAGCAGCCGCAGUACGAACUCUGGAACAUUUGAUAAACAAUUUUAUGAUAGUGCAUUCGGUCGAUAUCGUGGUCCAACGCCAAGUGGACGCUCGAAUAUAUAUGAUUUUGAUGAGUUUUAUCGUGUUCAUUAUGCGGAUUUUAAAUUUUGGGGUAGUUCAAGAAAAGAAGCACAAGAAAGAAUGCGACGUCAACGACAACACGAAGAAAAUCAACGUCAAGAAAAAGAAAAUCGUAGUACUGUAUCAAAAGUAUCUUCAUUAGCUAUUUGGAUUGGUCUUGGACUAUUUCUUAUAGUUGUAUCAAGUGCAUUACAUGAUAUGCAUUUUCAACAACCUGUAGAUGAACUUCGUACGAAAUUUUAUAUUAUUCCGAAGAAGUCGAAAAAUCAAUCGUUCGACGAAUCGUCAUCUAAAUCUUAA